CCAGCGAGGACUUCGGGCAUGCACAUGAUGAUGAUUUGCUUCCCGACGAUCUGAGCUGAAGCAGGAGACCUCAGCCAGGAAUGGAUGUCCCAGAGUCCCAGCCGGGAGAGAGCACCCUGCUGAAAGACGAGAGUUCGCCGACAGCGUCUCUGCAUACUAGAGAGCAUAGGUUCACACCGGAGCAGCGCACCAGUCUCAAGGGUUUCCAGGUCAUUGCGCCAGGAAAGCGUGCAGGGGAUCAGUUGGACGACUACAUUCGCAGCCGCAGUCCUUCGGCUACCCCCCCCCGCAGUCCCACCGCUCAGAACUCAGAAGCUCUACGCUUUCACGAAGCCGACUCUGAGAUCCCGUCCCAAGUGUAUUCUGCGGGAGUCCCCCAUGCUGCGCUAGACCAGCGUCUUGGCAGCGGUUACUACAGCAGUCUCCAGCAGGACCCUGAUGAGAUGGCAACUAGAGAGGGCGGAAAUACGCGCCGGGCCAGUGACCAGUCAGCGCCGAGCAUCUUAGGCCAGAAAAGCGUGGACUCUUUGUUGACAACGGACUCAAAUGCAUCACACAUGUCGGGAGCGUCGGUCAAGCCUGGGAGUAUGACAGAGCCAGGAAGCAUGUCACUUGAACAGUACAGGCAGGAGUUUGACAUAUCUUUUCCGGGCCAGGCGCAGGAUGGAGCUGUGGAGGGGCGGUUCAGUUCUGAGCUAGAGAAGGACGAGCCAAGGACCUCUGAUAUCGCCCUCCACAACGCACGCCCUGCUGUAUCCCAAGGGGGGGGUGGCGUAGCCAUUGGCCGCCUGACUACCUCCGACUCUCUUGCCUCGGCAACCAGUGGGGCCAGCCCCCGGGCCAGUCUCGACCGCAUUGCUGAGUACCCCAUUCAUCAGGGACAGAGCAUCUCGGGGGGUUCUGGCAGCAGUCUCUUUGGACCCCCCAGUGGCAGGAUUUUGGCAGAGCCCACGGAUCAGGUUGCGAUGACCGAUUCUGCAGAGGUCCCCCACGAAAGCGCUCUGCAUCAGUUGACGGAGGCACUUGGGUUUGGGGCCAAGAGCGAGGAACACGGCUGGGCUGGCGAGAAGCGAGCGGCUGCUUCGCAAAUGGACCAGAUUGGCGACUCGCAUGAGAGCACUUCUGCAGAAUCGAAGAGCACUUUGAGCCGGGUGGCAGAAGCCGUCGGUCUGGGGGGGACAGCGGAAGGUGCUGGAAUGGAGAAGAGAGAGGCAGCACACGAGCUGGCGGAACUAGGCGCGGCUCAUGAAGAGAGCAGAGAUCCUCUUACAGGUGAUGCGGCGGAGGAGAAGGGCCUCCCCCCGUUGACGCCUUUCGAGCAGCGCCAGGCAGCUUUCGAGGACGGUACACCUCUCGGCGCCAGUCUCGCCAAGCCGGAGCCGUUGCAUGUGUCCAAGGGGGGCUUCGCUGAUGUCAGCAAGUCGCCGGUUUCGGUCCUGGAGGGGAACGACGCCAUCAAAACGGAAGAGGUGUACAGUAAUAAGCAGUCGGACAUUUGGGGAGCAGUAGGAGUGGGCGCAGCGGAGGGGGCAGGAGUGGGGGUUGCUCUGGGCGCAGCGGCGGCGGCGGCGGCGGUUGUCGCACCACCGGUCACGGCUGUGGCAGCAGGCGUUGGUGCCGGCACGCUCGUUGGAGCGGGAGCGGCCGCUGCCUUCGGCGCCAAGACCGAGGUACCUGCAGAGCAAGAGCUCACAAAAACCAGAGCAACGACGACGGAACGCAUGGAAUUCGCAGAAGCAGGCGCGGGGGAGCGCGAGAUUCCGCUCUCGGAGUUCCGGCUCGAGAAGGACUACCCGGUUGUUCUCCCCGAAAGCGGCAUCGCAGGGCAGUCCGUUCCGGUGAUGGAAGCUGAUCCCCGGAGCGAGAUCCCGCUUUCAGAGUUCGAUAUCCACAAGCACUAUUACAACGUCGUCCCCAAGGUUGCCGAGGGCGAUAGGCUUGUCGACACAUCGUAUGAGAGCACGGUUCUAGAGGGUGAGAGGUUCGUGAGCGAAGGUCGUCCGAGGAAGGGCCACGAGACCGAGCAGGUCUACAGCGACGAGCAGUCUGACAUUUGGAGCGCGGUCGGCAAGGCUGCGGCCGGUGGAGUGGGCGUGGGGGCGGCCCUCGGAGCGGCGACGACGGCGGUGGUGGCUGCGCCAGUUGUAACGGCCGUCGCGGCAGGAGUUGGUGCGGGAGGCCUCGUUGGGGCGGGCGCGGCUGCCGCGUUCGGCGCCAAGAAGGAGGUGCCCAAAGACGGAACGGAUGGGUAUAGCGGAGCAACACAUGCUGACGGUGGACUCCAUCCCGAUGCCAGGGACCUGACACCGUCCGAACAGAGGGCUGCCACGAAGAUCGCAGGCGCCCUCGCCGCCAACGCGGCCGCCCACACCGCAAACCCCGAUAAGAGACGCGACUUCGGGGACGUGGCGCUCCAGGCGACUGCCAUUUCCGCGUGGGCGCACCACCCGGGCGAAGACGCGGCCGCCGAUGACGAGGCCGAGGCGCGGCGCGCGAACGAGAGCGCGCGCGCGCGCGCGCAAAAGGAGGCCUCGGGGGCGGCCACCGGAGAGCCCAUGAGCGUGACCAUCAAGAAGAUGCUGAAGCGGCCGGAGGGGACGCUGUUCGUGCUGUUUGCGGCGAUGCUCGCGCCGUACUGGCUUGCGGCGCACAUCGGGCUGGGGAGCAUCGGGUUCUUCUGGCAGCUUAUCUUCGGCAUCCUCACGGGCAUGGCCGCCAUGCUUCUCUACCAAGAGCUCUCGUUGUACAGGAGCAGGAGACGGCUGCGCCGGGCGAUGGACAUCGCAACACUCGGGGUGAUGGACGUUAAGGACCUUCGUGUGCUGAUGAACAACAACGUCCCCACCCACGUCUCUUUCCCAGAGUUUGAGAAGGUGGGCUGGCUGAACAAGUCGCUGGAGCGCAUGUGGCCGUACAUCAAUAAGGCGGCGUCCAAGAUGCUGGAAGAGACGCUGACGCCCAUUUUGGAGAUGUACAAGCCGGUCGUGCUCGAGAACAUGAAGAUCAAGAAGCUGACCCUGGGUGACGUGGCACCCGUUAUCACCGGUGCGCGCAUCCGCAACGGAGACAAGCCGGGCGAGGUGGUGCUAGACGUGAAACUAGACUGGCGGCGCGGGAAGCCCAACCUGUACUUAGACGUGAACCCAUACCUGACGCCCCCCAUCACUGCCAAGGUGAGAGACGUGGACGUCGUGGCGUGGAUGCGCAUCAUGUUCGCCCCGCUGACUGGGAAAGACUUCCCGUGCUUCGGCGCGGUGGUGCUGUCGCUCCAGGAAGAGCCCUUCGUCGACUUCACCGUCGGCCUCGAGGGCACGAGCAUCGGGAUGAUCCCCGGCCUCGACGGAAUGAUCGACAGCACGAUCAAAACCGCGGUUGUGGACAUGCUGCUGUGGCCUAGCCGCAUGGUGUUCCCCAUAAUGGAGGGCGAUUUCCGCGACCUUGAGUUCCUGCCAACGGGCGUGCUCACCGUUACCAUCAUCGAGGCGACGGGGCUCAUGAAGACGGACAUCAUCGGCAAAUCGGAUCCCUUCAUUUUCGUGUACGUGCGCAAGCUCAAGGAGCGCAUCAAGCGGACGACAACGAAGAUGAACGACCUGGAGCCUGUGUGGAACGAGACGUUCGAAGUGCUCGUGGAGGCUCCCGACAUCCAAGAGCUGACCCUGCGCUGCAUGGACCAGGAGACGAUGGCCGACGCCGAGUUCAUUGGCAUGGCCAAAGUGCCGCUGCGCCAGUGCAAGCCCGGCGAGGUGAUCGACAAAUGGGUGGACCUGACUCCCGAGUCGCUCAUUGAACAGAGGCGCGCCGGCGAGAGACACGUGCACGAGAGGGUGCGUGGCCGGCUCCACUUCCGGAUGCGUUGGGACCCGUACGAGAAGGGCAAUGAGCCGUGGCGCUCUGACGACUUCAAGAAGCAGGAGGAGGCGAAGCGCAAGCAGAUGGAGGAGGAGGAGAAGGAGCAGAUGAAGUCCAAGGGGAAGAAGGGCAAGAAGAAGUAGGAAGCGCAUUGAACGAAGGGGACUCGGUGUGUCGCAGGGGAAGUAGCGAAAAGCCGGGGCGGAAAGUGAAGCGUCGAAUCGAGGCCAGGGGAAAUGAAAGCAGGGGAAGAAGUGAGUUUGAGAGGACGGGUGGGAGUAUGAUGAUACGAUGGGAAUCGCAAGGAAAGCAUUUGCAGCGGAAAUGAUGGGAUGCAGAAACAGAACGGAAACGCACAACUUUUGGGUUAGAUUGUCCAUACUUUGGUCACUGGUAGAGCGCUGUUGACGUCGAGUGUUCGUCAGGUUACAGUAUAAUAUCUCUGUGGUAGUUUUGCAUAAUCAUUGUUCGUACUAGGGUCCCCAUCAAAUUUGCCAGGACGUUUCUUGAACCGUUACUGCCAGCUCUUGGUACGUCUAUUCCA